CACUGCUUCUACAGUGCAGUCGUUUGACUGGUUUGACAUCGAUAAAUGCGUGAGAGUGUUCGCGAAGUGCGGAGGUGUAGGUUGUCGUUCGUCGUAGUCGUCGGCUCGUCGGCUCGUCGUCGUCGUUUGGUAUCGUGAUUAAAGUGAAAACGUGUUAAGUGGUGGAACAGUGAAAAGAAUAAAAAAAAAAAUUCAACGACGAAAAAUCGUGGAGAAGACGAAGACACGAGACAAAAGAAAAGAAUUUUGGAAAAAAGAAGGAAAAAAGUCGUGUGUGUGUGUGUGCUUUUUAUCGAAAAAAAAUCAGCUCUUUUUUUUUGUCCCAAAUUACGUUUUUCAAACGCACAACAAAAAAUUGUGAUUUUGUGUCCUCAAAAAGUUUUUUUUUUUUUGAGCGCUUCCAGUUUAUCAAGAGUAGAGUUUAAAGGGGGCUUGGAGGGAAAGGAACAAAUUUAAUACAAAUCAGGAAAAUAUGAGCAUUGCUGCCCUUCUGCAAGCCGCUGAGUACAUUGAACGAAGGGAACGAGAAGCUGAACAUGGCUACGCUUCGACAAUGCCGAUACCUGAUGACUUGCGAUCAUCCAGUAAGAGGUCAAAAACGAAAAAAUCUCAGGGCAGCAGGACAACUCAUAACGAGCUGGAGAAAAACAGACGAGCACACCUUAGAAAUUGUCUUGAAAAGCUGAAAGGACUUGUACCAUUGGGUCCUGAAACGUCAAGGCAUACCACGCUGGGACUUUUAACGAAGGCCAAGCGUUUUAUCAAGAAUUUGGAGGAACGUGAAAGAAAAAAUUCGGUGCACAAAGAACAACUGCACAGAGAGCAGAGGUUUCUUAGGCGAAAAUUAGAGCAAUUGUCAACUCAAACAGGUCUUAAUCUAAAUGGUUUUCAUGGCCUUCAUGGACUUAGCUCUAGUGCACCGACAGGUUCAUCCUGUGGUUCAGCGGCGGCGGCAGCGGCAGCAGCCGCCACCCUACUCUCUAAGAGACGAAGUGUAUCUGAAUGCUCGGUAGGAACAGCCUCUUCAACAAGCUCCACAGCGAGCUCUAGGAAUUCGGACAGGUCUGCGGGCAGUCCAUCCGUCUCCGAGUCUGAUGAAGUGGAUGUGAUUGGAUUGGAUGGAAUGGGAGGAUAUUUGAGCAACCAAUCAGACACAGAUGACCAUAGCAGUGUGCAAAGUAGCAGUGAUAGUGGCGUCGCGAUGUCCACCUCAAGGCUCACCCUUUCCGAAAUGAUGGACAAUCUAUAGACAAAAAAGCGACGUGGGGGUGUCAAAAACUGGAAUGCAAGCACCUGAGACAGAAACUGAAGAUGAAGAAAAAAAAGAAGAAGAAGAAAAAGAAGAAAGAAGUAGUUGACAUUUUCAACGCAAUUCAUGAUUAUCGGAAGGACGACGAAUUAAGAAAACUGAAUAAAUCUAUAUUAUAUAUAUACACACACACAUAUACACAAUUAAACAAUAAUACAUGUAUACACAAAUAUAUUUGUCAAUUCUCGAUAAGAAAAAAAAAAAAAAAAAAAAACAUCGUUGAAUCAAUACAUUUGUAUGUGUAUGCAUGUAUUGAAUACAAUUUGGUAACCUCGAUAAGUCAGGAAAACUUAUUGCGCACAGAACGAAUCAAGAAACGAAAAAUACGAUAUUCAAAUUGCAAAAGAAAAAAAAAAAAAAGUGCACCCUAUCUACAUAAUGUAAUCAGCGAAUAAGAAUUUACAGCAGUUGAGUUCAUUUAAGCGCGAGAAGGUCACACUAUUCUUCUUCUUAACUAUUAUUGUACAUCUUAUUAUAAAAAAAAAAAAAAUUAACAAAAAUAACAAAAAAUAACAAAAAAAAGAAAAAGCAAAUUUUAAGAAAAAAGUGUUUGUAUGUAGGAGGAGAAAUGGAAAACUGGAAAUACGACGGUGACCUCUGCGAUGCAUUAUGUGUAAAUUAUUGAAUGUCAAUGUAAAAGUAUUGUAAAUAUUUAAAAAAAAAAAAAAAAAAAAAAAACACAAAAAAAAACACAAAAAAAAAUUGAAAGAAAAGACGUCGAAUCAAGAUUUCCCGAGAGCCUGGAGGGAAAAAAUAAACGUGCGUGAUGGAAAAGUGAGAUAAAAAAAAAAAUACGAGCGAUCAAAAAAAGAAAAAAAAAAAAAAAGAGCUGAGAAAAAAAAAUGAGAGAAUGAGAGCGAAUGAAUGUGCGCCGAAAGAAGAACGUAUAGGACGAGAAAUGACUGCAUACAAAAAGUAAAGGAAGAAGAAGGGUUGAUUCGAAAAUUUCGCAAAAGGUGGGGUUUAUAACCACAGACAAGGGAUAUAUAGAAAACGAACUUCAGAAAGGCAAAAAAAAAAAAAAUAAUAAUAAUAAAAAAAGAAAAGAACCGUCUUAGUACGGAACACCUUCCUAUUUUUGCCUUCUAUAUUGGCGUCCUGAUUUUGUUCCAGGCCUUAUGAAUUUUUAGACGACGUUCACGGAUUUCCUAUUUUUUAUUUUUAUGUAUAUAAGCCAAAUUAUUUUAUCUUAAUCACGCUCGCCAUUAUCGCUUUACUUCGUGGCAUUAAUAGCACAAUAAUUUAAUAUAUUUCGCGUAGGCUUCUAUAUAAAUAUUUUUUAUUUUUUUGUUUCCUUUUUUUUUUUUGUUUUUGUCGGAAAAAAUUCUAAAAUAAUUUUUUUUUUUCGUUGAUCCCUCUUUCAGGAUCUAAUUUUUUGACAAAUUUAAUUUGCAUUCAAUUUUUAACCUACCGGUUGAUCUCAAUAAAGAUUUAAAAAAGAAAAGAAAAUUGACCAGCCUGUAGAAAAUUUUUUUUUUUGUUUUUUUUAUUUAUUUAAGGCUAUAAACAAAGUGCGAUCUAUCUUUUAAAAAGUAUGAUUCUCUGCUAAACAUUUUUUUUUUUUUUAAUAUUAAAAACGAGAAAAAAUGUAACUAAAAAAAAACGUGCUACGUAGAUUUUAGUUUUUGGGAAUGAUUAUAAACGCCUUUAAAAAGCGUUUCUUUUUAUGGAAUAGAUAAAGAUGGUUUUCAGUUUAAGAAAUUGUGAUUCAUUGAAUCAGGGCGCGAAAUUGGAAUAUGGAUCUUUGGAGGACCAUUACUCAGAUUUAAAAGAAAAAGAAAAAGAAAAAAAAAAAAAAAAAAAAAAAAAAUGAUGAAAAAUGCAAUCGUUGUCUACUGGUCCAUUAAUGACCAAAUUUAUUAACUGUAGUUGCAACUUCCUCCCUCUAAAAAAUAAAAAUUUCAAACUAAGACCACCCAGUACACUUAAGUGUAAAAAAAAAAAAAAAAAAAACAAAUUUACCACAAAAAGCGAGCAAUGUUGCUCACUUUGUGCCCCUAAUGCUACAUUUUAAGAUACUUUAAAGUAAUUCAUGUAUGAUAUAUUUAAAAAAAAAAAAAAAAGAAAAAAUAAAUAAAUAAAAAAAAAAAAGUAUCGUCGCAUCGUCUCAUACACAUUCAAAGAGUACAAAUUCUAUAAGUCCCUGUAUCGCGUCACCUGUUCUAAAUGCCGAAUAGUUCGGUUUAUUGAAUGCUCCGCAUGAUCGAAGACAAAACUUAGGAAAAAGGGUUUGAGAAAGUUAACUAUAAUAAAGAUAAAUCGAAAAGAUAAAAGUUUUAUAGGUGAGAGAGAAUGUAUAUGAGGAAAUUGAGAGAUCGGAUCGAAAAGAAUGAGGAACGUAAAUACACGAAUAGACCCCAGAUUGCGUAUAAAUGAUAUUUGUAGAUUUAAAAUCUAAUCGCAGAAUUUUCAUUCUGAAUAAGAAUUAAAAAGAAAAAAAAAAAAAAAAAAAAUAAAUAAAACAUUGAAUGAUUGAACAACUAAAGUUUUGCGUAAUAGAUUUAAGUAAACGACUAGAUAGACUGACAUACAAAAGUAACGAGUGAUCUCUUGAAAGUGAGUUGGAAUGGGUGAUUUGAAAAAAAAAAAAAGAAAA